AACGUUUUUUAUGAUACCUUUUUCCAGAUUUUUCUGUUGCUAGUUGACAGAUUUGUUUUUUUCCUCUUUUGGGCGGUAACCCUGUGGCACUAGAGGCUUGUUCCCAAUCCCCUAAAAACGUUCGAACAUCGUCGUUCUUAGCCAUGUGCAAGUAAACACUGUUUUAUUUUGCCCUUGUGUUGCCGUUGUUUUUUAUCUGAUAUGCGCCAUGAGGGUCUACUGGGCUCCUCUCGCUGACUUGAUCAUGUAUUUUGACGGGUUGGAUCGCUCAUCUGGGGUCGAAUGCUACUGUACUCGCGCUUUUCUAAGGGAUACCGACCUGGUGAACUAUGACCCAUCUCAGAAUGCUAUGGACAAUGCUGAAGAUGUGCUUCCCACCAAUUAUAAGCUUCUAGAAGAUGCCAAUGACCUUAAUGAGAAUGAGCCUUCUCCUUUUGAGGAUCCAUACAUGCAGUGUGUUCUCUCAUCCCUGGAUCAUCGCAAGGCCAGAGCACUUGCCAGGGCCCCCUACAUCCAUGACAUGGUAGAACCUGACGAGGAGGCCGUGCGGGAGCUGAACACCAUGCAUAAAAUGGGACUUCCCACCUGCUUUCUGAACUCCUUCCGAUCACUAGAUGAUGAUGAGGAGGAGGCAUAUGGAGCAAUUACUCGGAGUGCUCCCUCAAAAGCUAGAAGAGGCAAGAAGCGCAACAAAAAGAGCAGAAGACGUAAGGCGGCAGAAGAGGAGGAGUCCUCAUAUAACACCCCUGAAACAGGUGAAGUCUAUGAGGCCCCAAUGCCUGGGACUUGGUGUGCUAUAGACGAGGAAGCAAGUGAUUCCACGGCAGUAUCUUCAGUAGUUGCAGACUCUGAUGUUGAUUCUAAUGCUGUGUCGACGGAGCUUUUGAAAGAGAAUUUGGAGGAACCUGUGAUGGACAUUAAAAACAAUGUGAAUGCUUCUACGAGCGGUGCAGCUUGCUAUGACUCUGCCGAAUAUCCUGAAUGCCAAACUUCCACUAACAAAUCAUCUAAAGUCAACAAUGCUGAAAUUGAACUUAUUAACGGACCAUCUGUGUUAAGCCGAAAUAGCGGCUCUGCUCAAAUAUCACCUGUUAUGCCUCAAGAAGAGGCUGGUUGCAGUACAGAGCUAACCCAAUCCGAAGCCAUAGUUAAUGAAAAUGGAUUGUUCAAAGAGUGUCCAAAAGAAGAUACUUUUUGUAAAGUAACUGGUGUUUCCCAAGUUAAUCCCAAUGUGGAGCUAGCUCAAUCUGGAAUAGAUGAUAGGGAUGAAGUAAUCGAAAAGUCUUCAGGUUUUUCUAGGAAAGAUAUUGUCCUUACAAGUGAUGCUUGUUGUGGCAUAGCGCUAGCUAAUCCUGAAACCACUGCACAGCUACGAAAAAUAUCCUCACUCACUAAAAGCAAUGAAAAAGAUCACUCACUUCUAGCUUUUAAUAAAGAAUCAUUAAUACAGCCAUUUGGGCAAAGUACCGUCCUCUCUUGUGAUGAGUCGGCUGAUUCUCACAUCUAUUCCACCGCAGCUUUGGUGCCGGAAGUAGAAAACGUCAUGAGUAAAAACGAAGGCGCUACUCGUUUGACUUCAGUUAAAACAAAGCAGACCGAGGUAGAAAAUGAAACAUUGACUCACAGUAAGGAUAAAACCGAUAUUGAGAGUAGGACUAAAGGGAAAGAUAAAGACUGCGAGAAUGAGCAGGCGUUCUUGGAAGGUUGGAGCAAGUACUGGGAUUACUAUGGGUACACCCUCGUGUGGGAGAGCUGGUCUAAUUUGUACCCCGACUUAAAUAGUCGUGUUAAAUCUCGCCCGAAUGAUGGACCGAAAGAGAGGGAAGACAAAGAACGAGCAGUUUGCAAGAGAUUGGAAGACUCAAAAAGCCCUUUGAGCUUUGCCCCCAACAAUGGAAUGGAAGAAGAGAGGAAAGACAUUCAACGAACAGUUGACUCUGAAAGCUUGGAAGGAAGACAUACAGGAGACAGUAUACCGACAGCUUCUGCUUUAGUUAAAAUGCUUGAAAGAGGUGGUUGUGAACAUAGCAAAGUUGUUCACCAUGAAACGGCUGGAUGCGAAGCUAAACGUCAACUUCCGGUUGUUGAAAACGGUGAUUCAGGGACCAAAGUGGAUGCUGACCAAAUUAUUGACCAGAAUGGAAGUGAAGAGGUCGUUAGAGGGGCUUCUGUAGCCAUCACGGAGGAGAUGAAAGUAAUUUGGGAUAAGCAUUAUACAGAUGUGUACAAUUACUACUACGAACAGUACAGAUACUGGAACAGCCAAGGUUAUGCAUUCGAGAUUCCUGGGACUGAAACGGAGCAGCAGUGUGAUGGUACAAGUAACGACCGAUGUGGUACUCCACACAAAGAGCUACAAGAUGCGAAGGAGUGUGGGUCCAGAAGCAAACGUGCUCGAAACGCAAGAAGACAGAAACAAAGUGGAAACUCAUCAAGUCAUGUAACUACUGGUCAAAUGCCAACAGGAGAUGGGACUCUCGGGAGUGGGGUUGGUAAAAAUGGGGAUGGGAAUGGGGAAGAAGAACCGCCUGAUGGCAGGCCGCGAAAUCUAAAGCGAAGCCAUGAGCUUGAUGUUGAAGAGCAAAGAGCGCUUCAAUUAGAGAAAGCUUACCGGUUGAUGGGCUUUAAGGUGGCAAGACCUCAUGCGCGCAAUUCCCGUGGCCUGCCAAGAUUCACGAGCGCGAAGAUGAAGUUUCACUGCAAAAAGCUUUCUCACAAGAACAAAAAGCUGAGUUUGCAUGGGAAGCAGGGGGGAACUUCAGAGACCAUGGACUCCAAUAUCCCUGAUCUCCUGGCUCGAGUAGAGCAGUUCCUGAAAGACAAAGGCGAAAACGUGGAAGCAUUUGCUGAUAGUGAUUCGGACGAAGGGGGCAUAGUAUCAGAGAUAGGCAAAGAUAAAGAUGAUAAUACAACCGAUACAUCAGAUACCACUGGUGGCGGUAAUAAGGAGGCUUGCAUAGGCGCCGACUCUGUGGACUCGGCAGAGUGUGAUGGCGCAGGGAAAGGAGAAGGUCUUGAUGCUGCAAGCAAGGAGGUUGCUUGUGAAGGUAAAGAAUCGACUGAUGAAGUAAACGAGGCUGUGUGUUUGAAUAUAAAGGUCAGUGUAGACAGUGCAUGUGAGCAAGUAAUCAAAGGAGAGGUAACUGACUUUCAUAAAGAUCCCGAAUUCGCGAAAUACUGGGCGCAACGCUAUCGACUCUUCUCCCGCUUCGACGAGGGCAUCAAGAUGGACAAAGAGGGCUGGUACUCAGUAACCCCCGAGCGAAUAGCGGAGCACAUAGCCGAGCGCUGCAGGUGUGAUCUGAUCGUCGACGCGUUCUGCGGUGUCGGCGGCAACGCGAUCCAGUUCGCAUUCACUUGCGAACGGGUUAUUGCAAUCGAUAUUGAUCCGGUGAAGAUCGAUUGUGCCCGGCAUAACGCCGAGAUCUACGGAGUAGCCGACCGAAUCGAGUUUGUCCUCGGGGACUUUCGUCAGAUUGUACCUCAACUGAAAGCUGACGUGAUAUUCCUCAGUCCCCCGUGGGGAGGUCCGGGAUACGCAUGCGCAGAUGUGUUUGACAUACAGACUAUGAUUUCUCUUGACGGGUUUGAAUUGUACGAGACCGCCAAGCGAGUCACUCCCAACAUUGCAUACUUCAUGCCAAGAAACGUGAACAUGGAACAACUCACUUCUCUCGCGGGUCCGGCAGGCAAAGUUGAGAUUGAGCAGAACUUUGUUAAUAAAAAGUUAAAGACUGUGACUGCGUACUACGGCGAACUUAUCAAAUCAGAGGCCGCGUAGAGCAGCAGAAUAUUAUGACAAAUUCGUCUCAGUAGCGAAAUCCACUUAAUUAAAUCACUGUGAAGUGUAAUUCAACAUACAAUUUCAAAUAAAAGUUAAAAGGAGUCUCAAGCAAGCCGGCUCCAGUGUCAUGCAAGUCGGCUCCAGUGUCACGUAAGUCGGCUCCAGUGUCACGCAAGUCGGCCCUAGAGUCACGCGAGUCGGCCCCGAAAUCACGCAAGUCGGCUCCAAUGUCAGGCAAGUCGACCGCAGAGUCACGCAAGUCGGCCCUAUAGUUUCUGAUGAACUCUUGGUUCAGUUUCUACGUUAUGUAUCUGGUGACACGUUUGCCCAUGAUGCAAUAAGGGCUGCGCUAUAUGGAUUCUCCAGUGCAACCAAUUUUUUUUUUUACUAUUACAAAAAAUUCACAUUUUUUGUUUUGUAGGCUUAUUAAUUUUUAACUCUUAACUAUAAUCCUUUGAUUCUAAAUUUUGUUUUGCUAAAACUCUAGACAAAAACAUAUUCUUUUGAAAUGUGUUUUGUAAUAUUACUUUAUUUUCCAUGUGGAACAGAAGGGCAUUGAAAAAAGGAUUAUUUUUUAUCGGGACGAAUCUUUCGAUGAAACAAAAGAUACUGAAAAUAGAGUCCCACCUACGUCUACGAUCGACUUCAAGAGUAAAUAAAAAGAAUAAACGCUAACAUUUUUAUUCAAUUCUUUAUAUUCAAGCUAAAUAGGAUUUUGUUAGUCUGUAUUUUUUAUUUAGAGUUUUCCAUGUUUUUAAAUACAAGGAGAGUAAUAAAUGGUAGUUCUAUCGACAA